AGUAGGGUCACAUUGUUCAUAACGGAAUGUGCAGUUCAAACAAAGUUGGUUUGGCCAUGGCCAUUCUGUGCGCGGUUCAAUUUGGGCUAUGUUCUUGUGGGGAAAAGUGCGAAUUUGGAUAUGAGCUGCUCGCCACAAAGCUGGAAGCAUUGGAUUACGCAAUUACUAAGAAUGCGGCCUCAACUAAACUGGAAAUUAAUGAAAUGUUAUCGAGUAUCAAAAAUCUAACCACUGCAACCUGUGGGCUGAGUGAUGUGAAAUUUGACGACGCUAGAACAUUAUCGUCUGCUCCCAAAUCAUGCAAGGAUACAUCGAUAAAAACGUCCGGACCCCACCUAAUCAAUCCGGAGAUUGGAUUCAGCGAGGCGUUUUGGGUUGGCUGCGAUCAGGAGUAUGAAGGAGGAGGGUGGACCAUCAUUCAGCAUCGUUUCGACGGUUCGGUAGACUUCAGAAGACCCUGGCAGGAGUAUAAGUCAGGGUUUGGUCACUUAAGAGGAGAGUUUUGGUUGGGUCUAGAGAAAGUUCAUCGGUUGACCUAUGGAGAACCUCAUGAGUUGCAUGUGGUUCUGGAAGAUUUCGAUGGGAAGCGGGUUACGGCAAAAUACAGUGAAUUUGCGAUAGGCAGUGAGCAUGAGUCUUUUGCGAUGACUAAAUUGGGAGAGUACAGUGGAACGGCGGGUGAUUCGUUGUCGAGCCAUAAAAAUGGCCUCUUCACCACGUUGGAUCGGGAUAAUGAUCAGAAUGGUGGCGCAAACUGUGCACAGAUUUACAGUGGCGCUUGGUGGCAUAUAAGUUGCCAUGCGAGCAACUUGAAUGGGUUAUAUUUGAGAGGAACAACUGACACUUAUGCUACCGGUAUGUGCUGGAAUGCCUUCAGAGGGUAUCAUUAUUCGUUGAAAAUAUCGAAAAUGAUGAUAAGAAGUAAGCUGUGAAGUGAAUCACCGAAACAUGCAAUUUUUUGUUUUUUGUUAUGUUGCUUGGAUGAAACAUGAAACAACAACUAUUUGAUAACGCGCGUAAACCCACUUUCUGCAGUGACUCGAUAAAACGAAAACAAACAAAAAACAUAACAGUGCUGUGAACCCCAGAAUGAAGUAAUCUCAUUUUCUUCGAACAUGAUGGUUUGGUGAAGCUUAUGCAGAGGUGCCAUAACCAAUGUAUGAAAGCGUCUAUAUGUUUACAUCUGAGUCGAAUGCCGUUAUUUCUGCGUGCGAUUCCGGUUGUGUAUUUUUAUUAUAACAAAUUAGUUCGUUCCAAGCGCAAACAGUGUGUUGUAUAUUAGUUUCUUAUGAAAACAAUAUCAUAUUUCGCUAAUUCUAGGGAAAACAAAUGUAAUCGCAAAUCACUUAUUCUGUCGUUCAUUCCUUCAACAUGUUAUAGGUUAUAACACCGCAAUCAUUUCAAUUCAAACCAGAGCAUGCCAGUUCUCGAAUAUACUGACACUUAAUAGAGCGAUGGGACUUCGAGUAUGCGAUGCGUUUUUGACCUUGAUGUGAAGUAAUAGAAGUAAAGAAGCAGUUGAAUAUAAUUAUU